UUGCCUACUAAGGUUUCGGAGGAUUAAUAAUUUAGGCCGUACUUUGAAACAGAAAACCCCCAGUUGGUCUUUCCUGCCGUCCGGGAAGGGUUCGGAUGCAGCAGGCCCGCUGUGAUGUGUGUCACUGAAGAUUCGUAGAGACCGGCCGCCUCCCCCGCCUCGGCCGCCGCCGUCCCUCCUUCCCGAUGCCGGUCCCCAGCCGGCAGGUCCCCAUCGGCCGAUCCCAGAGCUGGGAUGCUGCCGGGUGGUACGAAGGCCCCUGGGAGGUGGCCGAGGCCCCGGCGAGGAGCAGCUCCGUGGCGGACGGCGGCACAGCGGGACCGUGGUACGAGCCCCAGGGCGCAGGCGAGCCCUUCCUCUACCGGGAGGCCUUCUUCAACUCUGUGGCUGGCAGCAAGAGCCCCGUCGCCGACUUCGCCUUUUACGACAGCAGACAGGCGCUGAUGUCUGGCCGGGGCGCCCUGCUGCCGCGGGAUUACUACGGCGACGCGGCCGCCCGGGUGCCCAAGGAGGCUCGCCACCCGCGGGACCCGGGACCCAGCCGGUCGCUGCCUGGUUACGGCGUGACGGGCGGCAGGCUGACGUGGGAUCAGGUGCAAGGCCGGGUCCCCGCCCUGCAGGAUGCCGGGCACCUGUACCGGGACCCCGCGGGUAAAGGGGUGGCUCAGGGGCAGCGGACGCAGAGCCGGGCCCCGUCGCCCGCGCACUGUGCGGGGGAGCUGCUCGAUGGCAGGUUCUCGGCCCAGGCCCCCGCCUACCCCGCCAACCAGAUCUACAACGACGUCGCCGAGAGGCCUGUGGAUUCUGUCCUCUCCAGGCAGGCGGCCCCCACCUGCCUGGUCGUGGACCCCAGCACGGCCGCGGCGCCAGACGGCGGCCCGGGGGUGGCCCCGGGAGCCCUGAGCCGAGGCUACGGGCCUGCCCGGGAAAGCGUCUCCGGGCUGGUUUACAGGAACUGCGAGGCGGUCCUGCCAACCUUCCAGGGCCCCGGCGGCAGGAGGAGCGCGCUCCCUGAGUUCCUGGCCCUCCUGCGGGCCGAGGGGGUGGCGGAGGCCACCCUGGUGGCCCUGCUGCAGCAGGGCUUUGACUCUCCGGCCGUCCUGGCCACGAUGGAGGACGCGGACAUCAAGUGCGUCGCGCCCAACCUGGGCCAGGCCCGCGUGCUGAGCCGCCUGGCCGCCGGCUGCAGGACCGAAAUGCACCUGCGGAGGCAGGGCCGGGUGGGCCCCCUCCCCCGGGUGCACUCCAGCAGCUUCAGCCACCGAAGCGAGCUCCACGGGGACUUGUCUUCUCUGGGCGCCGCGGCCUCGCAGCCCCAGCCCGUGGGUCCCCUGCAGGCGGCAUCCCCCCGAGCAGGAGACCCGGCCCGCCGCCCCUCCAGCGCGCCAUCAUCCCAGCACCUCCUAGAGACGGCGGCCACCUACUCUGCCCCCGGGGUGGGCGCCCAAGCGCCCCCCUUCCCCUCCAACUCUGGGUACGGCUCACCCACCCCCUGUGCCCUGACAGCGCGGCCGGGCCCCACGUGCCCCCCACAGGCCGGGGUGGCCUUAACUUACCCGGGCCCGGCCCCUCCCCUUCACCCAGGCCCCAGAACGGCCUACUCCACGGCAUACACGGUGCCCAUGGAGCUGCUCAAGAGGGAACGCGCUGGGGCCGCGUCUCCCCUGCCCAGCCCCCAUGGCAGCCCCCAGCUCUUGCGGAAGCCCGGUGUCCCCGCGGAACCGUCCACCCUGCCGCCAGCCGGCCAGAGCCUCCACACGCCUCACUCGCCCUACCAGAAGGUGGCCCGGCGGACGGGCGCCCCCAUCAUCGUCUCCACCAUGCUGGCUCCGGAACCAAGCAUCCGCCCCCAGAUCAUGAACGGCCCCCUGCACCCCCGCCCCCUGGUGGCGCUGCUCGAUGGGAGAGACUGCACCGUGGAGAUGCCCAUCCUGAAGGACCUGGCCACCGUGGCCUUCUGUGACGCACAGUCCACUCAGGAGAUCCACGAGAAGGUGUUAAACGAAGCUGUUGGUGCCAUGAUGUACCACACCAUCACCCUCACCAGGGAGGACCUGGAGAAGUUCAAGGCCCUGAGGGUGAUCGUGCGGAUAGGCAGCGGCUACGACAACGUUGACAUCAAGGCUGCCGGUGAGCUCGGGAUCGCCGUGUGCAACAUCCCAUCGGCGGCGGUGGAAGAGACGGCCGACUCCGCCAUAUGUCACAUCCUCAACCUGUACCGGAGGAACACGUGGCUGUACCAGGCGCUGCGGGAAGGCACGCGGGUCCAGAGCGUCGAGCAGAUCCGGGAGGUCGCCUCGGGAGCAGCCCGCAUCCGCGGGGAGACGCUGGGCCUCAUCGGCUUCGGUCGCACGGGGCAGGCGGUUGCUGUUCGAGCCAAGGCCUUCGGAUUCAGCGUCCUAUUUUAUGACCCCUACUUGCAGGAUGGGAUAGAGCGGUCCCUGGGCGUACAGAGGGUCUACACCCUGCAGGACUUACUGUACCAGAGCGACUGUGUCUCCUUGCACUGUAAUCUCAACGAACAUAACCACCACCUCAUCAAUGACUUUACUAUAAAGCAGAUGAGGCAAGGAGCUUUCCUGGUGAACACGGCCCGCGGCGGGCUGGUGGACGAGAAGGCCUUAGCGCAAGCCCUCAAGGAAGGCAGGAUACGAGGGGCAGCCCUCGACGUGCACGAAUCGGAGCCUUUCAGCUUUGCUCAGGGUCCCUUGAAAGAUGCACCGAAUCUCAUUUGUACGCCCCACACAGCUUGGUAUAGUGAGCAAGCCUCACUAGAGAUGCGGGAGGCAGCCGCCACCGAGAUCCGCCGGGCCAUCACAGGUCGCAUCCCCGAAAGCUUAAGAAACUGUGUGAACAAGGAAUUCUUUGUCACAACAGCUCCCUGGUCAGUAAUAGAUCAGCAAGCCAUUCAUCCGGAGCUCAACGGCGCCACAUACAGUCCUUCGUCCCGAUGCCCAAUUUCUAUGGAGCAAACACAACUCUCGGAUGCAGCCUCGAGUCCGGGCUCCUAUUUAUAAAGGGAGCAGGAGUGGGUCUGAUCACUGCAAGAACCCCCACUGCAUUCCAGGCCACUGCAAAACCAGAGGGCUUCUAGGUGAAAAGGUACUGGAAAGAUUUUCAAGUGAAAGGGCAUGUUGGUGACUCUUUCUGGUUUGAAUCCUCUGGCCCAGAGCCUGGUGCUUUCGACUGGGGAGAGUGCCCGCAACACACGGGUUCUCAGUGACGAGAAAGCUUGGCCCGGGGCGUGUGUGAUGGAGGCAGUGCAGGGGCAUCUGCUCCGGGGACACGAGCCACGGCCCCUUAGAAGGGAGCAGAAUUUCACUGGUGGUCAUUUCCCCUGGCUCUCUUUUCCCCGCCGUGCUGGGCUCACAGAAUCACUGUUCCUGCUUCAUAAAGGAGCCGCAGCCUUGAGCACUCCAGAAGGAAGUCUUUGUCUUGCUUACUGGAACGCACAGUUGCCCCAUCCCUGGCAAUAUCCACAUACCAGGCCAGAUCAUUCUCUCCUGGGAACCUGUCCCGUGCAUCGUGGGGUGUGCAGCAGAGGCCCUGCCCUCCACCAGUGCCUCGCACUUCCAACCGGAAUAACCGGAAAUGGCUCUAGCUGUUGCCUAACAUCCCCUGUUGCAAACCACCGCUCUAACCACCGGGGCCAGGGACACACAAACACAGCUCGUGUAGUGGGACCCACACAUGCAGGCCCGGACUCGGGGGAAGUUACGCUGCUUUCUUCACGGUCUCCUGGCUUCCCCAUCAGUGCCGGACCCUGGUUCCCGCUCCGCACGGUUGUCCUUUAGAGGCCACAGCGUUAAUUCUUACUUUUGACAGACCAAGACCCCAUGGCCCCUCGGAAUACUUCUGCUUGAGGGGCUGUCGCUCACAGGAUCCUAUUCACCCGAGUCCGGGAUUUUUGAGCGCUGAACAGUUGUGACAGGCUACAGGAGGGGAGCCAGGAGUAAAGGGCUUGAUACCUUUGAGGAGGAGGAGUCUUGGAAUUCUAAAGCACCUGCCCCCUAAGUAUGUUUCAUCCUAGGGAUGUUUAAAUACACUGACUCACAUUUGCCUAAGAACCGUAUGUUCUGUAGGCGGCUUAAUGCCACGUGUCCCUGCACACACAGCGACCUGUGUGCCCGCGACAUCAGAUGGCCCCAUCACCAGCUCCCCUCUCCCCCUGCCGCUGUGUCCAGUCCACAACAGCACGGAGCUAGCUCGCCUAGGAGGCCACACUUAACUAUCAAAGAGGACUUCAUACGGCCUGUUGGGAAGUCAUUAAAAGCAUCGAUAUGUCUUUUUUGUGCAGAGUAUUUCCCGAAUGUAGUACGGGCUGGUCCUGUUGUGUGACAGGAAACUUCCAGAUUGAACUAAACAGACUUUAUUUGCGAAUUAAACGUCCGCGCUUUAGAUUUUUCACAUAGAGGUCUCCUUGCGUUGGGGGUGAGGGGUGACAACUCCUAAAACACCAACCCGAAGCAGGCAGAGCCAAGAGCUUGGCCCCUUCCAGCCCGGGACUCACUGGCCCUUUCUG